UCUGGAGAAGUUUGGUGGUUUGUUAGGUGCACAAGCCUAGGUCCAGUCCCAGGUCCAGGUCCAGGUCUAGUCUGCAGGAUGAACUCAUUUAAAGACGCGACUCUGUUUAUCGACCUGAGCUUCCUCUCCACCGAGGAGGAGGCGGUAAUCCGGCAGGUGCUUCUGAGAGAUGAGGACUUAAAAAGGCUCGAAAUUGGCCGUGUGAGGAGGCUGAGGAAUUCAGUGCCUGACUCCAAGCAGCUGAAGGUUCUGUCAGGAGAAUGGUUUGAGGAGCUCAGGUCGAAGAGAUAUGGACGACAGCCGGCUAUUUCAGCGGUAGUGAGGUCUUCAAUGAGGUGGAAGAAAUCAGCAGGCCAUAAACCGCUGCCCUUCCUGAAUGUUGUGCCUGAGGAAAAAGACGGUGAAAAGGAAGAGAAGAAGACUCGCCCAGAAUUAUCAGUUGACCCCAGAUCGAUCCAUCCUGCUUUGAGUGUUGAGGUCUCCCGGGAAUACAAAGAUGAAGACAUCACUUUGGAAGUUGAGACCCAGUCAAGUCAAACUCCAGCCAAGGACGUUCUACCUGGACGUCUCGUCACUGGCGCCACCGUCCCGGGAAGUCAGUCAGCAGGAAAACCCAAAGAAGUGUAUCAAGAAAAAACAGUUCUUGUCCAGUCUUCUAAACUUGAGCCUGUGCUGCAGCCUAAGUCUAAAGGAGCUGUAGCUACAAGCACCACAACAAACGCUACAACAGCAAAUCCUGUGCUGAACGCUGCCACACUUGGCGCAACAACUAGCGCCAAACCAAAUGCAUCACCUAGCGCAGCAACUAGCGCAAAAACAAGCGCAGCAACUAGCAUCACAUCAGCAAAUGCAGCUAGUAUAGCAACUGCUAGCGCAAGUGCAACAACUACCACUAAAACCAGCACUGCAACAACUAGUGCAGCAACUAGUGCAACAACUAGUGCAACAGCUAUUACAACAACUAGUGCAACAACUAGCGCAACAGCUAGUGCAACAACUAGCGCAACAGCUAGUGCAACAACUAGCGCAACAGCUAGUGCAGGGCCCAGAAGAAAAGUGUCUCUCCCUCCAGCGCUGCAGAAAGACGCAUCGUUUGAGGAGAACUGGGUUAAGAUCUCCCUGGAGGCCAACACAGUGGAAUCAACAGCAGUGGAGAUUAAACCUAAAGCGACAGAUGGAAACAUGCCCGUUGAAACGCUGGCGAUAACAUCUUUCAGUGAAACGCGGGACACAUCAAGUCAGGAUCAAUCAAGUCAGCCUGUCAGCAGUGCUGACUCAAUUAGCACUGGGCCAAAGGUGGAGGCUGGCGAAAUAAUAAGCUCGAGGAAAGUCACAAAGAUAGAAGUGAAGCAGACGCGCACAGUAACGGAGCUGGCGAUGAAUAAGGAUGGCUCUGGUUUGGGAGAGGAAGUGGCCCAAAGUCAGUCAUUACGCGAGGAUCCAAAAGGGGCUCAUGAAUUACUCAUCGGUUCUCUGCAGGGACAAGAAAGUUCUCCUAAGCUCUUCACUCUUUCCUCUGUGGAGAUGAUGAAAAAGCAGGCACCGGCGAGCAACACUGUGCCACAAAAACAGAAGGAGGAAAUCAUAAUUUCAGAUUUCAAAAGAACGUCUCCGACAAGGAUGGAUGAGUUGGAUGUAAAUGUGGAAGAGAGCCUUGAGUACAAAAGCACAGGACCUGCUGUUGACCUAAACGUGGGGAAAGACACCAGUUUAGCCCAAAAUAGGUCAGCAGAGACGAACAGGGACAGACCGGCAGGGGCCGAGGUGGUUAUUAAAAAUGCAGUUCCUGAAAGAAAAGAUGGCUUUGAUGUAGAAUUGGGAGAUUCUGAAAGUGCAGAUAAGAAAACUGUGGAAUUAGCGUUUGUAACAAAGAUAGAUAAAAAAGACGAACUCCCCAACACAGAAGAAGGACGUACUUUUUCAGAUAUGGCAGAUGAAAGUAAUGCCUCCAAAGACGAGCGCAGGAGCGAAAGCGAUAUUCUCGCCAGUGUAUAUGCACGGGCCCUCAGGACAAAGUCCCCAUCAUCUAAGAACACUUCCAUCCAAGACCCAAAGCAGGAAAAGGCAGAGGAUGUGAUUCCCUCUAUUGUGAUUGUACCAUCUGAGUCAUCAGAGCCUAAAGACGUGGAAAGUGUGGAAAGUGGGACAUCUGCCCCAGAAGCACCUGCAGAAACACCUGCUACUCCCUCCUUUGUGGUCGACACCUGGGAGGAUGAAGGCGUGGACUCGGAGGAUGAUAGCAGCUCAGUGUCCAGCUAUGGCUCUGAUCUCUCUGGGAGAAGAGGCUUUUCUGCUAGUACGCUCUCAGUCACAGAGCGCACUGGUAGUUUGCUGAGUGUGUACAGUGAUGCGGGGGAUUUCGGGAACGUGAUGGUGCAGGGAUCUGUGGAGUUCGCUCUAAUGUACAGUCCCUCUGGAGAACUGGUCAUUAUGGUGGAACAGUGUCAGGACCUGGCCAUCGCAAACCCACGCAAACAACGGACAGACCCAUAUGUGAAGACCUACCUCUAUCCAGACAAAAGAAGCAAGAGAAAGACUUCCAUCAAGAAACGCACAGUGAACCCCGUCUUUGUGGAAUCUUUGAGAUACAAAGUGAAGCGUGAAGAAUUGCCUGGAAAGACUCUGAACUUGUCUGUGUGGCACAAUGACUCGCUGGGCAGAAAUGUCUUUCUGGGUCAGGUGGAGCUCAGUCUGAAAAACUGGGACUGGGGACAUCAGGCGCUCACCUGGUACAACCUCCAGCCCAAGAAUGCUGAUAAUCAGGAAUCCCAGGAAUAUUGCGGACUGCUGUCUGUCUCUCUGAAAUAUAUACCUCCAGAACCCAGAGGGAGCUCUAAGCUCGGUACAGGAGAGAUUCAUGUCUGGCUGCGGGAGGCGAGACAGUUACGUCGCCUGAAGGCUCAGGGAGUCAACUCGUUCGUGAAGUGUUACAUGUUGCCGGACACCAGUAAGAAGAGCCGUCAGAAGACCCGCGUGGUGAAGAAAUCUCUGAACCCCGUCUAUAACCAUACGAUGGUGUACGACGGCUUCAGACCAGAUGAAGUGCGCGAGGCCUGCUGUGAACUGACCGCUUGGGACAACAACAAACUCUCCAACCAGUUCCUCGGAGGGGUUCGCCUCAGCCUCGGCACAGGGCAGAGUUACGGUAAGAAGGUGGACUGGAUGGAUUCGGCGAAUGAGGAGGUUGAAGUCUGGCAAAAAAUGAUGGCAAAACCGAACAGCUGGGUUGAGGCUGAUCUUCCUCUGAGGGCUUCAAUGACUCCCAGGAAAUGAGAGAAAAUGAAGGCAGCGGUGAUUCAGGCGGUGUACAGCCUUAUUGAUUGAUUAUUGUGGAUGAUUCAGAAUUAUGUAAAACAAAAUGUCUCUCCACCAGGAAUGGAUAAAUAACGUGUUUUAUACUUCUUAAAAAUAUGAUAAAACAAUGUCUCCGACAUGAAGAAGUGAAUUCAUAACUAUUUCAUGUAGUAACUUUCUGUGAGGGAGUUUUUAGAGGUGGAUGUCUGGUUCCUAUCACCACCACUGUGAACAAUUCUGACUUCUCUAGAACGAAGCAUUUCAGGCCACAUAUAUCUUAAUUGGGCAGAAAAAUUUAAAAAGUGGUGGAAUUCCCCUUCAACAUUUGGAAAUGGGCAGAAUUUUUUUGUAUUUGCGAAUAAAAUGAGAUGAUGGAUGGAUG